AGAAGAGGCGGGGGCUUCCUGCUUCUGCCUCCUUGGGCAGAAGCAGUGACCACAGGCCCCCAUGGCAGGCAGGGCGAGUGGGAGGAGGGUGAUUUACAAGGCAGAUGGGUCUCUGGCUAGAGCUCAGCCCUGCACUCAACCAGGGCCACCCCAGGGGCUAUAAGAGCACCUAGAUUUCUGGAGCAGCUCAGGGACGGGUGCCACGUGAGCCCAGCUUGGCUCCCCCUCCUGGCUGGCCUCCUUCCUGCCCUUCUUCUGCCCGCCUGUGUCUGCCCAGACUCUCCAAAGAGGAACAGUUGGCACCAUGUCUCUGCUCAACCCUGUGCUGCUGCCCCCCAGGGUGAAGGCCUAUCUGAGCCAAGGGGAGCGCUUCAUCAAAUGGGAUGAUGAAACUACAAUUGCCUCUCCAGUUAUCCUCCGUGUGGAUCCUAAGGGCUACUACUUAUACUGGACAUAUCAAAGCAAGGAGAUGGAGUUUCUGGAUAUCACCAGCAUCCGGGACACUCGCUUUGGGAAGUUUGCCAAGAUGCCCAAGAGCCAGAAGCUCCGGGACGUCUUCAACAUGGACUUUCCUGACAACAGCUUCCUGCUGAAGACGCUCACCGUGGUGUCUGGCCCGGACAUGGUGGACCUCACCUUCCACAACUUCGUCUCCUACAAGGAGAAUGUGGGCAAGGUCUGGGCUGAGGACAUACUGGCCCUAGUCAAGCAUCCGCUGACGGCCAACGCCUCCCGCAGCACCUUCCUGGACAAGAUCCUCGUGAAGCUCAAGAUGCAGCUCAACUCUGAAGGGAAGAUUCCAGUGAAGAACUUUUUCCAGAUGUUUCCUGCUGACCGCAAGCGUGUGGAAGCUGCUCUCAGUGCCUGCCACCUCCCUAAAGGCAAGAAUGACGCCAUCAAUCCUGAGGACUUCCCAGAACCUGUCUACAAGAGUUUCCUCAUGAGCCUCUGUCCUCGGCCAGAAAUAGAUGAGAUCUUCACUUCUUACCAUGCUAAGGCCAAACCCUACAUGACGAAGGAGCACCUGACCAAAUUCAUCAACCAGAAACAGCGGGACUCCCGGCUUAACUCCCUGCUGUUCCCGCCAGCACGGCCUGACCAGGUGCAGGGCCUCAUCGACAAGUAUGAGCCCAGUGGCAUCAAUGUGCAGAGGGGCCAGUUGUCACCUGAGGGCAUGGUCUGGUUUCUCUGUGGGCCAGAGAACAGUGUGCUGGCCCAGGACAAGCUGCUGCUCCACCACGACAUGACACAGCCACUCAAUCAUUACUUCAUCAACUCGUCCCACAACACCUACCUGACAGCCGGCCAGUUCUCAGGCCUCUCCUCGGCUGAGAUGUACCGCCAGGUGCUGCUGUCCGGCUGCCGUUGCGUGGAGCUAGAUUGCUGGAAGGGGAAACCCCCUGACGAAGAGCCCAUUAUCACCCACGGCUUCACCAUGACCACAGACAUCUUCUUCAAAGAAGCAAUUGAGGCUAUUGCAGAAAGCGCCUUUAAGACCUCCCCGUAUCCUAUCAUCCUGUCGUUUGAGAACCAUGUGGACUCACCCCGCCAGCAGGCUAAGAUGGCUGAGUAUUGCCGGACGAUCUUUGGGGAUAUGCUGCUCACAGAGCCCCUGGAAAAUUUCCCACUGAAACCAGGUGUCCCCCUGCCCAGCCCUGAGGAUCUCAGGGGCAAGAUCCUCAUCAAGAACAAGAAGAACCAGUUUUCCAGCCCCACCUCCUCCAGUAAGGAUCCUGGGGGGGAGGCUGAGGGCAGCAGCCCACGCAGUGCCCCUGCAGGUGAGGGCACAGUGUGGGCUGGCGAGGAAGGGACUGAGCUGGAGGACGAGGAGGUGGAAGAGGAAGAGGAGGAGGAGUCAGGAAACCUGGACGAAGAAGAGAUUAAGAAGAUGCAGUCGGAUGAGGGCACAGCGGGCCUGGAAGUGACGGCUUAUGAGGAGAUGUCCAGCCUAGUCAAUUACAUUCAGCCCACCAAGUUCAUCUCCUUUGAGUUCUCUGCUCAAAAGAACCGAAGUUAUGUCAUCUCGUCCUUCACAGAACUCAAGGCAUAUGACCUGCUCUCCAAGGCCUCGGUGCAGUUUGUGGACUACAACAAGCGCCAGAUGAGCCGCAUUUACCCCAAGGGAACCCGCAUGGACUCCUCCAACUACAUGCCCCAGAUGUUCUGGAAUGCUGGAUGCCAGAUGGUUGCCCUCAACUUCCAGACGAUGGACUUGCCCAUGCAGCAGAACAUGGCAGUGUUUGAGUUCAAUGGGCAGAGCGGCUACCUCCUCAAGCACGAGUUCAUGCGCCGGCCGGACAAGCAGUUCAACCCCUUCUCAGUGGACCGCAUCGACGUGGUGGUGGCCACCACCCUUUCUAUCACGGUGAUCUCUGGGCAGUUCCUGUCAGAACGCAGCGUGCGCACCUAUGUGGAAGUGGAGCUGUUUGGCCUUCCUGGGGACCCCAAGAGGCGCUACCGAACUAAGCUGUCACCCAGUACCAAUUCCAUCAAUCCUGUCUGGAAGGAGGAGCCCUUUGUCUUUGAGAAGAUCUUGAUGCCUGAGCUGGCCUCUCUCAGGGUGGCUGUGAUGGAGGAAGGCAACAAGUUUCUUGGACACCGCAUCAUCCCCAUCAAUGCCCUAAAUUCUGGGUACCACCACCUGUGCCUACACAGUGAGAGCAACAUGCCCCUCACCAUGCCUGCGCUCUUCGUCUUCCUGGAGAUGAAGGACUACGUACCUGGUGCCUGGGCAGAUCUCACUGUGGCCCUCGCCAACCCCAUCAAGUUCUUCAAUGCCCAUGACAAGAGGUCUGUGAAGCUCAAGGAGGUCAUAGGAGGGCUGCCUGAGAAGCCCUUCCCACUGGCGAGUCCAGUUGCCAGCCAGGUCAAUGGUGCGUUGGCCCCAAGGAGCAAUGGGUCACCAGCAGCCAGGGCCUGGGCCAGGGAAGAGGCUAUGAAAGAAGUUGCGGAGCCACGGACCGCCAGCCUGGAGGAGCUCCGGGAGCUAAAGGGCGUCGUGAAGCUGCAGCGGCGGCACGAGAAGGAGCUGCGGGAGUUGGAGCGGCGCGGACAAAUCUCCAAAAUGAUGGAGCUGGCCAGAGAGAAACAGGCGGCAGAGCUGAAGGCCCUGAAGGAGACGGCGGAGAUCGACACCAAAGAGAUGAAGAAAAAGCUGGAGACCAAGAGACUGGAGCGGAUCCAGGGCAUGACCAAAGUCACCGCAGAUAAGAUGGCCCAGGAGAGGUUGAAGAGAGAGAUUAACAACUCCCACAUCCAGGAAGUAGUGCAGGUGAUCAAGCAGAUGACAGAGAACUUGGAGAAGCACCAGGAGAAGCUGGAAGAGAAGCAGGCUGCUUGCCUGGAACAGAUACGGGAGAUGGAAAAGCAGUUCCAGAAGGAGGCGCUGGCAGAGUACGAGGCCAGGAUGAAGGGUCUGGAGGCAGAGGUGAAGGAGUCGGUGAGGGCCUGCUUCAGGACCUGCUUUCCCUCUGAGACCAAGGACAAGCCUGAGAGGGACUGCGAGUGCCCCCCAGAGCUGUGUGAGCAGGACCCAGUCGUAGCAAAGACAGAUGUCCAGGAGAGCCGCCUUUGAUGCCUCCAUCCCACUGGGACAUUUAGCAAGGAUGUUCAGCCCCUUCUCUGGGAUGUGCUUCUAUUCCCCCAGGAAAAAGGAGCCCCAGCCUUCUGAGGUUGUGGGAACCUGUGGCUGCCUUGGACGCUGCAGCCCCCUCCUCAACGGCCAGGCCAGAGGCCGAGACAGGACCUAGGCACCCUCACAGCAGCGCCUCUGGGGCCUAGAAGUCUUCGCAAGCUGACUUCCUACCCCCACAUCUCUAGAUAAGUGUCAUAUAUUUGUUGAAGGCAAAAGACUAUGGACUUGGAGGCAGAAAGUGGGGUCCUGGCCCCGCUCUGCCUUUCCUAUUGAGCAACCAGCGGUACCCCACUCUGGGCUCAGUUUCCUCACCUGGAGGGUUGGACCCACCCACCUGGAACCUCCACUCUAGCCCCAAACCCUCCUGCCCCAAUGUUAGCAGCUCUGCCAGGCUUCCAGGCCCCAUCAGGCCUGCCCUGAGUUGGCCUUGUCCACUCCUAGAGGCAGAGCCUGGCACUACCUCACAGCUCCCUGGGGACGGCCACUCCCCGGCUGAGGGCCCUCCCCUCCCCUCUGCCUGUCCAGAACAGGAGGCUGAAAUGGAAAAGCUGCCUCAGCCCUGCUUGGCUGAGUCACGAGGGGCAGUGGCCUCUCGGGUGCUCUUCCAUCCUGAACCUGGCUCACCCCUCUUCCUAGGCCUGGGGGCAGACUGUUCCUAGCAUGUACCCCUCUCAGGCUGCCUGCCUGACAAUGUCAGCAUCAUUUGCUCUCCUGAAUUUAUGAGGUUUAUUUAUUUUUCUCCUUCCUGCUCCUAUUAAAGAACCUCAUCCCAGUG